AUGGGUACCAGAUACGAGACCAUCGUGAAAUACAAGACAGCAUAUUAUUCCUUUUACUUGGCAGUUGCUUUGGCAAUGUAUAUGGCUGGUAUAAAGGACACAACAUCUCAUGAAAAUGCCAAAGAUAUUUUAUUAGUGAUGGGGGAAUUUUUUCAAAUUCAGAUAUUGCAUCCACUUGAGAACUACGCUAUAAAAGAUUCUGUCUCAUCCGAGAAGGUGAAAAAGUUAUAUCAUGAGCUCAACUUGAAGCAAGUCUACAAGGACUUCGAAGAGGAAAGUUACAAGAACAUUGUAGAACUUAUAUCGCAGAGAUCUGCCAACCUGCCUGAGGGAUUGUUUCUAGAAAUUGCGAAGAAAAUCUACAAGCGGGAUAAAGGGGCAGUUUUGACCCAAACUAGAGUUAGCAUUAUUGCAUCUCCUAGAGAUGAGGGCUUUGAAUAG